AUGGGAUGUUAAGACAGGAUAAUAAAAAGCCAAAUUAGAUGGUCAUUCAAGAGCAGUUUAUUCAAUUUGUUACUCUCCUGAUGGUACUACAUUAGCAUCUGGUGGUUAAGAUAAGUCUAUCAGAUUAUGGGAUGUUAAGUCAGGAUAAGAAAUCUUAUAUCCAGAUAAUCGUUUUAAAGACAUUCUUGCAUAAUUUUAAGUUUCAGGUUUAAGAAACAUCAAUCUUUAAGAAGGCUGUAUUUAUUUUUCUUUAUUAUCAGUAAUUUCCCCUGUUAAUUUCCUUGUUAUAUCAAAAUAGCUUAGAUUUUGCACUUAAGGAGCUCUAAUUUUGAAAGGACAAUUUAGUAAUCAAUCAGGCAUCGACUUGAGGAAAUUAUUUAAACAAAAAGGAAGUUUCAUUUUAGAGAACCAAUUUGAAUUAUAGAAACAAUGA